UUUGGGUUUUUCAGAGAAAUAAUGAGAGAGAAUUUUGGUAGAUCCACUGGAUCAGCGAGAUCGGUUCAAGUGUCUCCACCCAGUUAAAAUGUAUAUAAUAUAUAUAUUUAGUUUGGGAGGUUGACAGAAAGCAUCACAGCAAAUGCUCAGCCAUGGAAAUCAAACCACCAACUCUUCAGAGUCAACACGCAUCACCUUGUCUAUUUCUCUGGUGUUUGAAUUUGAAUAAGAUGGAGACCAAAAACCCACAUCAUCUUCAACCUCCAAACCUCCCAAUCGUAAACCCUCAAGAAAAUAUUUUCUCAAUCUAUCGGCAUGGACUAUUUUCUCUUCUCUUCCUCUUUCUUCAUCUUCCUUCUAUAUUUCCCGUCCUUCUCCUCCUCAGGCCCUCUCCUCUACUCUGUUCUCCCAAACUUCACGGCCUCUUAUUUCGACUUCAUUGAUCACUCAGGUGCUUUCUUGCUCUCUCCAAAUGGAACUUUCAAGGCUGCUAUCUCCAAUCCCAAACCACAAGUUCAUCGCUACUACUUCUCUGUCAUCCACUCAUCAUCCAAUUCCAUCAUCUGGACUGCCGUUACCACAAAACCCAUGUCGGAUUCCACUAAAUUAUACCUCACCCAUGGUGGUCUCUACAUCGCAGAUCAGUCUGGAAACCCUAUCUGGUCAACUCCCGAGCUGGACUCCUCCGUUUCCGCUUUAGAGCUUCAAGAAUCUGGAAACCUUGUUCUCAUCGAUUCCCAUAAUGUUUCGUUGUGGGAGAGCUUUGAUUACCCCACUGAUACCAUCGUUGAGGGGCAACGUUUGCUUGUGGGAAAAUCGCUGAGCAGUUUCGUCUCGGAGGAUAACUUGUCCUUGGGUGAUUAUCGGUUUGUGGUUACCGGUAAUAAUGCGGUAUUGCAGUGGAAUGGUCUGAGUUAUUGGAAAUUGUCAAUGGACACAAAUGCUUUCAAAGACUCGAAUGCGCCGGCCUCGUUCUUGGCUGUCAAUCGGACUGGUUUGUAUCUGGUUGGGAAUGAUGGAUCAACAGUUGUGCUUCAAGUCGUUUUGGAUAGAUCGUCUAUUUCUCUGCCCGGAUGCUUCUGUAAUCGAAAUAGCAGUGAGUCAAAUUUUUCGGUAGUUUCCUAUUUGGGUCUGGGGGAUGGUGUGGAUUAUUUCGCUAAUGAUUUCGUAGAGCCUGUUAAAAAGGGUAUUGGAUUAUUGGAAUGUCAAGAUUUAUGCUCCAAAAAUUGUUCUUGCUUGGUCAUUUUCUAUGGGAGUUCAACUGGGUCUUGUUAUCUUGUCCAAAACCAAAUGGGUUCUCUCAUGUCAAGCACCACUAGGAAGAGGCUCCAUUUGGGUUAUAUAAAAACUUUUGUUGUUGACCAAGGUUUAAAUUCAACUAAAACCCAUCAGCAUAAUCCAUCUUUAACUCUGAUACUGUUUCCUUUAUCUGGGUCUUUAUUGUUAUUGAUAUUUAUUGUUAUGGGAAUACUCUGGUGGAGAAGAAGAAACAGGAAAAAGGGUGUCUUGGUUGCCAAAUUUGGUUCGAGGAACUCAUCUUCAUCUGAGUUGGAAAUAAUCACCAUUCCAGGAUUGCCAGUUCGGUUUGAUUAUAGUGAGCUUGCAACUGCAACUGAUAAUUUCAAGACUAAGAUUGGUAGUGGAGGCUUUGGUACUGUAUACAAGGGCAUCAUGCCAGACAAUUCUAUUGUGGCUGUGAAGAAGAUAACUAAUGUGGGAGUUGAAGGCAAGAAAGAAUUCUGUACUGAGAUUGCCAUUAUUGGAAAUGUUCACCAUAUUAAUCUGGUUAAACUGAAAGGAUUCUGUGUGCAAGGGAGACAACGAUUUUUGGUUUAUGAAUACAUGAAUAGGGGAUCGUUAGAUCGUACCUUGUUUGAUGAAGAACCAGCUCUUGAAUGGCCUAAAAGAUAUGAAAUAGCUCUUGGAACUGCUAGGGGUCUGUCUUAUUUGCACGGUGGGUGUGAUCACAAGAUCAUCCAUUGUGAUAUCAAGCCAGAGAAUAUUCUCUUACAUGAAAAUUUACAAGUGAAACUAACAGAUUUUGGGCUUUCAAAGUUGCUCAAUCCUGAACAAUCAUGUCACAUGACAACAUUAAGAGGAACCAGAGGAUACCUUGCCCCAGAAUGGCUUACUAGUUCAGGAAUUUCGGAUAGAACUGAUGUGUAUAGCUAUGGAAUGGUGUUGCUUGAAAUAGUGAGAGGACGAAGAAACUGCUCAUUGCAGACAAUGCAUCAGAAUGUUGAAAAUCAUAGCAGCGGAAGUGAGUUGAGGCAAGUUUAUUUCCCUCUAUUUGCUCUGGAAAUGCACGAGCAAGGGAAAUAUUUGGAGCUGGCAGACUCAAGGCUGGAGGGCAGGGUGGGAAGCAAAGAGGUUGAGAAGCUUGUGCGUAUUGCCCUUUGUUGUGUCCAUGGAGAGCCAAUGCUGAGACCAACCAUGGCUAAUGUUGUCUCUAUGUUGGAAGGUAGUCUGCCAUUGGCUGAACCAAAUAUUGAGUCGUUGAACUUCUUGCGGGUCUACGGCCGAAGAUUCAUGGAGGCGUCAACAACAAUGCUAGAAGAUUUUAAUGGCCACAAUGAGUUUAUUUUACACCAUCAAGUAAAUGAUAGCACUAGAAAAACUAGUUCUUAUAAUUCUUUGCCAUUCAUUUCUUCACAGCAGCUAUCUGAGCCGAGGUAAUUCAUGACAAAAAUUUGUAUA